UUUUCUGUAGAUGGCUUCCAGAAUUUUCCUAUAAAUGGUCUCACGUAUCGAUUGAAAAACCAUAGGAGGAAUGGAAUAACUAAGCAAGGAACACAAACCAUUUUUAUGUUAUUGUUGAUGAAAAUACUAGCCUCACGUAACCUAAAGUUUAGAAUGACGUUAAUAUUGCACCGGAAGUACGUUUAUUGUUGACUGAUUGGGGUCACCGGCCGUAGUUUCGUAUUUGACCAGUUUUUAAACGUUGGAUUCCUUCUGAUUAUUUUCAGAUUUGUUAGGUUACAGAACUUACGAACUUGCAUUUGUAACCAAAUCUUGUUCUUGUGCAUUGAUCCAAAGACCAGAUAAAGUUGAUUUUUCGGAUUUAGUUGAGGUUAAUGAGAGUUACCCCCCUUGGUGCGCAUGUGUAACUUUUCGCCGAUUUUGUCUUGGUUUGACGUGGAUUGUUAUUGGAAGUUUUAAUAAGUUAUUUCGGUUACAAUAUGUGACCGAAGAAUGGAAAAUAUUGUUCAGUCUGUCAGCCGUGCAAACUCUAUCCAUCCAAAUAAUCAAUGCCAGUCGCUCUGAGUAUGAGCAAUUAUUUACGAGGGACCACUGUGGAAACAUCCCUGUCAUCGCCGAUGAAGAAUAAGAAAUCAAAAAAUCGUGACAGGGCUGUCAGUUACAACAAAGGACAGGUCCAGAAUGUCAAAUCUGCAAGAGUUUAUGUCUUUGGUGAGAGUAAUGUCCAUGAAGAUGAACUUGAAAAUGGCGAUGUAGAAAUGACUUCAAUCAGAAGCAGAUCUAAAGACAAAUCAUCCAAUUCUUCCCAACAAAAUGAUGAACCAAUUUAUUUUGACAGAGAAAUCACCGAAGGAGACAGUCUUCAAAGUCUGUCUGUUCAGUUCUCGUGUCCGAUCUCCGAAUUGAAGCGAAUCAAUCAUCUAAUACAGGAUCAAGAUUUCUUUGGUUUAAAGUAUGUCAAGGUUCCUGUUAUACGCUAUGGUAUUUUAUCAGAACAAAUAGACCAACUAAAAGUUCAAACUCCUGCUAGCAGCGGAGCUUCGUACAAUGGAGAUCUUGAACCCUUGAUGGAAAUACCAAAUUCGUAUAACUAUAAUUACGAUGACACAGAUUCUGCUCAGGACUUUAGUGAUCCAGAGAUGCAGAUGAAAAUAAUGCGAACUUUGAGUAUCAAGGAAAACUUGUCUAACAACAAUGAAGAAGCCGAGGCAUUUUUGAAAAGUAUGGACAAAGAUUUAGAACGUGUGCGGAACUAUACUCGUAAAGAACGAGGGUCUCUGAGUGAAGUGAUAUCUGUGUUAACCAAUAAAAGUGUUUUUCCAUUACGGGCUAAAAAGCCGGAACAUUUAAAUGGUGCUGACUGUGGUAUACGGUGGUGGAGUGUAUUGUUAGUUAUUUUGCUCUUCGUUGUUAUUUUACCACUCGGUUAUGUAAUAUAUCAUUAUUAUGGAAAGUCUUGAUGAACUUGUCUUUUACCACUCGGUUAUGUAAUAUAUCAUUAUUAUGGAAAGUCUUGAUGAACUUGUCUUUUACCACUCGGUUAUGUAAUAUAUCAUUAUUAUGGAAAGUCUUGAUGAACUUGUCUUUUACCCUCGAUUAUGUAAUAUAUCAUUAUUAUGGAAAGUCUGGAUUAUAUCAUGGCAAAAUUGAAAUUAUCUAGGGUGACAAUAAAAAACUUGUUGCAACUGUUGGUGAAAUUUCAUGGCAAAAAUUGAAAUUAUCUAUAAAUAGUGUGACAAUAAAUAAACUUGUAUUUAAAUUCAUUUUAUCUGUUGCAACGGUUAAAACAUGUAUAAAUAUCUCGAUAGACAACCCUUAUAUUUCUUUUGACAGUCUACAUGUAUAUGAUAAAAUCUAUGAUAUAUUUAUAAUGACCUUCUAAAUGAUAAAAGAAAAUAUUCUGUCUUGUCAUUUUAAUAUGAAAAUAUAGAAUAGGCCUCACUAGUUUGAUUUUCUGUUCUUCAGGAACACAUGUAAAACCAAGAAUACUUGGUUGUGCUGUAACUGUUCAAAAGUUCCAAAUUGGUAUGGCCUUACUACUGUAUGUAAAUGGUUAACGAUCAGAGUAAGUUGCAACCAGGGUUUAUGGACAUGUCUGUAAAGUGUCAAUCUGAUCAAAACACAGAAUCCUAUUUCAUUUCGUUUUUUCUAGUUCAAAAUUUCGUUUUACUUGUCCUACACUAGGAUCUGGAAGAGUUGUUAUCAUUGACGUGUUCAGGAUGAUGUGAGGGAUUAGCCAAUGAAACGGUCUGUUACGACGAGCUUUUGGUGUGAGCUACAUGGAACUGUGGGUUAUCAAUGAAAACAUCAAUGUUGAUUGGUUAAUCAAAUGUCUGAUGUCAUAGGUCAAAAGCCACUCGUAUGACCUCUGACGCGACCUCCCAAAACAACUGGUCAGAUCUUCAUGUAGUGUAGGCCAUCGAAAGUAUAAAAAAUUAAACGAAAUAUAGAUCUGUAUUUUAAUCAGACCGGUAAAAAAAGUGCAAGUCCAUCUUUAGAUUAUGGGUUGUAUCUUCAGUCUAAUAAGGGGUGUAUAUUACUGUGUAAGCUUGAACAUAUAAUAACAGAUAAACUCACUUCUUCUUAUAUUAGUUAUGUUUAAUUGAUGGCAACAUUCUGAGGUGGCGGAUGUUGGGUGGCUAAAUGGUUUAACCCAUACAUGACAAGAUGUAGGGUCGCCACUUUCUCCUGUUUCCUCCCACAGCUUAAUACCCCUACACUGAAGAGAUUUAUUGAAAUAAAAUUGAACCAUGUGUUGGUCUCAAAAUGACUAGUUUGUGUUGAGUGGACAUUAAACAGUUUAACUUAAACCCCAUUUCUCUCUCACGCCUCUUGUCAAAAGUACCCUGCACAUAAGUACCUUAAUAAUAUGAAUGAAAUGUCAUGUGUCGUGAAAUAAGCUACUGGACAGGAGGUUUGACAGGCGACCCUACUCCUUGUCAUAUAUAGCCAGGGAAUCGAAACCACGCCAGCUGACUGAAUGACAGAUCUUAUGAGAUACAAUGUGCACAGGCUAUCCAUUCGCCC